UGUCACUUCAUCAACCGCAUCUUCAAAAGAACUUCAAACCAAAACCGCCAUAACACCGCCAACGUUGUAGCUUUCAUCCAAUUGACCUCUACACGCGUAAAUUGGUCUUAUAGGCUUCACAUUGUCACAUCCUCACUGAGUCAAUCCGACGGUCACGCGCGCCUUCUCCCCAGCCUCCCUACCUGCUUCGGCGAGAGAGCCAAAACAAGGCUCAGUUGAGUCACGCAGUCAUGGCACCAAUUUUGAGACCGCGAGUGAACCUAUCCAAAGAUAGAUUCCCAGAGUACUUUAAUAGCUUGAGGAGUCAGCCAUACACGGACCCAAAUUCAUCAAGGGCGGCUGGGCCUUUGAAUUUAAGAUCGAUUGCAUGGAACCCUCCUGGAACUCUAGUUGCUACUGGCUCGGCAGAUAGGACUUUACGAGUCUGGAAUCCAGAGAAGCCUAAUGUCAAGUUUUCAACAGAGCUCAAGGGUCACGCAGCAGGGAUCGAAAAAGUCGCGUUCAAUCCCACAAAGGACGCAGAGUUGUGCAGUUUGAGCAGCGAUGGCGUGGUGAGGUUUUGGGAUGUCCGGACUAAGGCUUGUUUCAAUGAAGUCACUGAUCUUGGUGAUGCCAUGACGCUUGUCUGGGCCCCGGAUGGGCAGACGUUGCUUGUAGGAAACAGGUCGGAUAAUAUCUUUGUCUUAUCGCCGACGCAAAAAACUCCCUUGGCCUCACAUCAACAAAUGGUACAGACAAAUCAAAUCGCCUUCUGCUGGAGUGGCAAGAAGAUAUUCGUCACUACAUCGGAAGGACAGAUUCGGAUUCUCUCUUACCCUGAGUUCGAACCGGUGCUGCACCUGGGAGAUGGCGACAACGCUACGGAGUUUACGCUCAAGGGUCAUACCGCGUCAUGCCUGGCCGCCGAGUUGCAGCCGAUGGGCAGGUAUCUUGCCACAGGAGGAUCCAACUCCAUUAUUUCAUUAUGGGACACUACGGACUGGCUAUGUCAAAGGACGAUUACAAGGAUGACAGGCCCCGUAAGGAGCAUAAGUUUCACGUUUGAUGGAAGUUAUGUCGUUGGCGGCAGUGAUGAAGGCAACGGACUUGAAGUGACGCAUGUCGAGACGGGGGAACACGUCCAUACUUUCAAGACGGCCGGCUCAUGCCCGGUGGUGGCUUGGGCACCGACCCGCUACUGUUUGGCGUAUAGCGAUCUUGGAGUCUUGCGAAUUGUGGGGGUAGAUCUCGACAGAAAGUAAGCAGCCAUGAUACUAGCAGUAGUGAGUUGGAGAGAAAGGGGUGGGAGAACAAUAGCCUCAUAUUUGCCUUGCCUUCUUCUUCUUUUUUUAUUUUUUAUUUUUUAUUUUUAUAAUCCCUCUCAUUGUGGCUUUUUCUCCAAAAUUCGGGGAUAUACAAGAUUGGGCUAGAACCACUUGAUUUACAUGCAAAUUAGCUUGGAGUCUUUGGCAGAAAUAGUGUACAUCGCUUGGAUAUAGUGUGCAGUUAUUUAGAUCUGGAUAAAGCAUCUCGACGGUGUGGCGGCC